CCCCGCCACCUACAGGCUUUGUAAAAACACGAGGAGGAGAGUAAGGGAGAGAAGAAAAAAGUGAAGUCAAUUAUACAACACUGACUCCGGCCCUCCGUGCCUCCUCCUCUCCUACUACUCCAGCUGGAGGCUCAACAUGCGCCGCGCCGCUCCGUAGCUUUCACUGGGAACACCGGUUCCGGUCCACAGGCAUGUCGGCGGGAGGUUCUUCUGGUGGGACGGCGGACAAACCGGCAGAUCACGCUGUGAAGGAGGAGGAUGAGGAGGAAGGGGAGGGGCCAAGCCAAUCUAGGUCCUCGAUGCCAGCUGUCGAGUUGCCAAGAAAACGCAAAGGGGUUGUGGAGGAGAGGUCAGACACUCAUGUUCAGCAGGGCCUCAGCUUCCAACUAGACGAUGACCUCAGCAGAUCUGAAGGCGAGGAUCAGCAAGUCAAAAUGAAAUGCUUCAGGGUGCCUCACCGACAGAUCGAAAAGCAGCGAAGAGACAAAAUGAACAAUCUCAUCGACGAGCUGUCUGCCAUGAUUCCUGCCUGUCAGCCCAUGCCUCGAAAACUUGACAAGCUCACCGUGCUACGGAAAGCUGUACAACAUCUGAAAGCCCUCAAAAUUGGGACGAGCAGCGCCUUCACAGACACCACCCACAAGCCUUCCUUCCUGCCUCAUGAUGAACUUAGGAACCUUCUGCUCAGGGCUGCAGAUGGCUUCCUAUUAGUUGUAAGGUGUGACCGAGCAAAAAUCCUCUUCAUCUCUGAGUCUGUCUCCAAGAUCCUCAACUUCAACCAGUUGGAGCUAACUGGGCAGAGUUUGUUCGAUUUCAUCCACCCCAAAGAUAUCAGCAAGGUGAAGGAGCAGCUUUCAUCCUCAGAGAUGUUUCCUCACCAACACCUCACUGAUGCCUCAACUGGGGUCCAGGCCCAGGCAGAGGCCCCCCUCAGGCCAUCCCUUUUGGCCAGUGGAGCUCGGCGAUCCUUCUUCUGUCGUAUGAAGCACAGCCGGGUCACAGGGAAACACGACGACAAGCACUCGCUGCCCCGUACCUCCAAGAAGAAAGACUCGUACAGAUACUGCACCCUCCACUGCACUGGAUAUAUGCGGAGCUGGCCGAGCAGCCAGCUGGACCCGGAGGGGGAUGCUGGGGACAAGGAGACCUCCAGCCUGAACUGCCUGGUGACGAUGUGCCGCCUCCACCCUCACGUCUCCCCUCCACCACCCAGAGACGUCCACGUCAAAGCCACUCAGUUCGUUACUCGCUGUGCAAUCGACGGCAAGUUCACUUUUGUAGAUCAACAAGCCACGACAGUCAUCGGUUAUUUACCGCAGGAGGUUCUCGGCACAUCGUGUUACGAGUACUUCCAUCAGGAUGACCUGCAGCACCUCGCGGGGAAACACAGGCAAGUGCUUAGAAGCAAAGAGAAGGUUGAGACACAGCGCUACAAGUUCAAAACGAAGCACGGCUCCUACGUUUCGCUUCAGAGUCAGUGGUUUAGUUUCACAAAUCCAUGGACCAAAGAAGUUGAGUUCAUUGUGUCUUUAAACAGGGUUAUCUUGGGACCUGGUCACACAAAAGAUGAGGAGGAGGCUGGCAGCUCCAAAGCACUACAGGAAGACUCAAAGCAAAUCCCAGAAAUCCCCGGCCUGGCCAGCAGUGUGGGCACAAUGAUCUACGCGGGCAGCAUCGGGACCCAAAUCGCAAACGAGCUCAUGGACUCGUACAGAGCAAACUCAUCUCCUUCAAGUGGAGCCCCGAGUCCGUUCAGCUCUGUCCAGGAGAAAUGUCUACAGAGCAGCAGGAGCGCUUCUAGCCAAGAGGAGGCAGCAGGCAGCUCUUCAGAAUCUCAGUCUGACUCGAAGAUGGCAGCUGGUGCCAGCAGUGCCAUGUCUGAGGAAACAGGUGAGUCGUCCCAACUGGGCUUAGAUAGCAUGCUUGUUCCAGGGCUGAGCAGCUUUAGCAGUGAUGAGGCGGCCAUGGAGGUCAUCUGGAGGCUGCUGAACACGGAUGUAAGCAUGGGUCAAUCUGCAGACUUUGAGGAUUUACACUGGCCUUUCUAGAGGGAGUUCAGCUCCUCUCAAACAUUCUCGUCGUUUCUUGCCAUUUACUGAGCUAUUUGUCAGCUGAAGACUUAUCUGGCCUUGCACAUUUGAAGCUACUGGACUUGUACCAAAAGCUGCAACCUGUCUUACUUGAAGACAGCUGAAAAGAAAUGUAAUAUUGUGACUGUGAUUGUUAGUCUUUUGGAUCUUGCUUGCAGGAACAAAGAGUUCAAGUGCCCCUUGAGCCAAUGGUGAGAAAGUAUCUUCCUUAUUGAUACUUUAGCAUUACAAAGGGGUACCAAAGCCAAGAYUUUCCACAAAAAGACUAUAUUUGCCCUGCUGCCGUCAGGGACGAAGGGACAAAGAAAUACCAGACUUUUGCCAUCUUCAGUGCUGCUAGAAACACUUGUCAAACCUUUGACAUUUGUAUGUUUUUUUGUACAGAGCCAUGAUUGUCACGUUCCUCUGUGGGCUAACUGGUUUUUUAUUUACAGUUUUUUAAAAACCUCUCGUUACAAUAACUUGCAAGUAAAAGUAAAACAAAGAGCAAGUA